AUGCUGCCUACCGAACCGAAGCAGUCUUUCCCAACCACCUCGCGUUCGAAUCCGAGUGAUGGAUCCACUCUGGAAGGGAUUUGGAAAAGUACCUCGUCGCCUUUGGAAAGGGGCCAGGUAUGUGUCUUGCAAUCAAGUGUGUCUCCACUCGUAUUGCUGGCCUAUCAAUACCAUAGAGUUGAUUGGAUGCAACAUAUUUGGGCUUACGCGGAGAAUUACGUGACCCUAGCCACGAUCUUCCGACGCUUCGACUUCGAGCUGUACGAGACAACACGAGAGGAUGUAGAUCCUGCAUUUCAGUUCAUGGUCCCAUCGCUCAGAUUGGAUUCAAAAGGCAUGCGAGUUUUGGCGAAAGUGUAG